AUGUAUGUAUUCAUUCCUAUCUGGCCUUGCACUGUCAGCACGGUCGCGUACAUGGCCUGCCACUCGCCGCUUCCGUCGGAGCGAGCAGCAAUGGCGCGUCUCGUGGCGCCGCAGCCGCCAGCGAUCGGCGGCUGUACGUGUACGACACUCCCACUGACAUCGCAUCCGCGUGCCGUACUUGUCGUCGGGUACAUGCUGGCGCGACAUUGGAUCGCCGCCACUACAACUGGCGCAACAUGGCCCGCAAACGCGACGGUCAGACGCCUGAACUCCACUGCCGCCUCAAACCUCGGCGUCAGCAACACGUCGGUGUCGUACGACAAUGUAUCGUACACGGCAUGGCCUCCAGGCUCGCCGUCUGGAGCAGCAGGACAGGGAAUCGUUUCAUGGAUCCGCAUCCGCAACAUCACCUCCAGUACUAACAUCAGUACUGGCAGUACCAACAUCAGUAACGUCAGGAACAGUGACAGCAAUAGGGCCGGUUUGUUGACGGCAAUUUCGCUUUGGGAGGAGGCCUCGCCGUUGGCGCAGAUGCCGUACAUCUGCGUGCGAGCGAAACCGACCCUGGAGCUUGGCCGCGCCAUUGAGGUGGGCCUUACCCAGUACUUGGCCCUUUACGACGCGCUCCAAAACUCGGCGGCACGUGAUAGAUGUACGGCAAUCGGCGGCGAGCUUGCAUCCGUUGACCCCAACUUUGUGGAUGCUAGCGGCGGCAGCAAUAGCGCCGUACUGGCGGCGCUGCUACGGCUGAUGUCGCAGAGUGUUGGCGGUGCCAGUUUCUGGGUGGCUGGCAACUGUACGGCAAUGUACGGUGGCUGGGAUGCGCCAGGCCUAGCUGCGCCUGAUCAAAUUAAGAACCGACACGUAAUCGCUUGGAACCAGAGACGUUUUGCGUCACAUGCCUCAGGACGUGCUGCAGCCGCUUGCGCUGCCGCCGGCAGCGGCUUGCUACAGCCAGUUAGCGGUUCUACGGAGCUGCACGCCGCAGCGGCGGCAAUGCUACCGGCCGCUACAGCAGCAGGCGUUACGGAGGUCUGGCUGGGCCUUACGCUGGCUGGGGAUCGAUGGGUCUGGGAUGACCCACGGCCCCCGACAACACCAGCCUCAGCAACGUUAGCAGCAAUGCUUUUAACGCAGGCAUACCGGCAUGUGCAGUACUGGUGCUCCGAACUGCGGCGUGGCGGGCUGUGCCGUGCAAUGAAGCGCUGCCGUACAUCUGCAGGAGGGCAGGAUGGCAAUCCCGACACGAAGCUGCUUUCGGAGCUGAACGGCAUUGUGCAGAUUACGAAUUUGCAAGAUUCGCUUCUUCUUAGAAUGACUCCCGGCGUCGUCUUCCCGGCGGCACUACAGACGGCAUUCACGUCCGCGGUCUCCGCCGAGCUCCGUCGUACAGCCGACGGCGCCGCCACCGUCGCCACAUUGAGGGUGUCGGUGCUCUUGUCCAUCCGCUCCCAUACCAGCAGCUCCUCAUCAGCACGCAGCAGCGCCAGCGGCAUUGCUGGACCCGGCCAGGUGCUGCUCUACUUGAAGGCAACUGCCCUUUUCCCGGCGCCGUGGUUGAACUCCGCCAAUUUGGAGGAUGCGAUUGCAUCUCCGGUAGUAGCUGCCGUACUCCCCAAUAACACCGUCGCGCGGCUGGGACCCACGACAACCAGCUCCCGUACCGUACCCAAGUCGUACUUCAACAAAACGGACUCGGCUCCGCCGCAACUGACACUGUACGGCGAGCCGGAGUUGACACUGGAUGUUCUUUCAUCAGGCUAUGAGGACGAUGGGGCCUCUUGUGUGGAUGGCACUGAAGGCCCCCUGCCUGCCUCAGCCGUGGUCACCUUCGGGCUGCCCAUCAGUACAGCACAGGCAACACCGCCCGGCGUGCCGACGCUCAUUUUUUACGGCUGCGCCGACGCCGCGGGCAAUGCUGCUCGUCCAGUUGUACGGCAGAUAGUGGUGUACGACCCCUGUCAGGAAAGCGGAGAGGCUACUUGUGCGGACUCCGGUGAAUGCAGCGUCGGAAAUGCUGAAUGGGCUUGUGACUCGCUCGAUCUUAGUUUUAUGGUCCACAGAAUCCAGAAUCCAGAAUCCAGAAUCCAGAUGAUUCCUUGUGCAGGGUUUCGUGGAUUCUUGAAGGCGAAGGCCGAAUAUGUCGUGGGAUGGCGAGAUCAGCCAAAGCCAAAGCAAGGGGAGCAUCAACAAAAUGUUUCCCAAGUGACUCGCUCGGCGGCCGUCGUCGAUCGCACACCCCCCGUGAUCACUUUGCUUGACCCGCCCUCGACCUAUCGCCCCGGCGUCGACUACAUGAGCAAAACAGGCACCAACACCAUACGAGGCCGAAUCACCUUUCUGCUUGCUAAUACGCCGUUCACAGAUCCAGGUGCAACUGCAAUCGAUGACGUCGACGGUGACGUCAGCGCCUCCGUGGCGCGCUCCUAUCCAGCAGAGGGAGCUCUGGAUACCCGGAUACCCCGUGCACAAUCCGACCCGUAUCUCAUCACCUACAUCGCCACCGACUCCGCGGGAAACCGUGCCGUCGCGUUCCGACGUGUGUACGUCAUCUGCGCCGAUGGCGAGCGCGUCUGCGGCGCCAAUGAGACCGAAGACGGCCUGGCGGCGUGCAGUACGGCAGGGAUCUGCGGUGUCAGCGGCGGCGGGGGCGGGGGCGGCAGCAGCGGCGGCGGCAGCUCUACCACAGCCGCCGGCACCAACACACCGCCGCAGAUCACCCUGUUGGGAGAGCCCGUGGUCGCCCUCGUGGAGGGUCAGUUCCGCAGCUACGCGCCAUGCACACGCCAGUCGGGUUUGCGGGACAUCUGCGACCCCGGGGUCGUCGCCACCGAUGCCGAGGACGGUAACCUCGGCCCGCUGGUGCGUCUCUGCGGUGGCGGCGUCAGUAGUGGCGUCGGCCUGGCAUCGUGCGGCAUCGACACCGCCGCGGCGGGGACGUACGUGAUUAAUUACACGGUGACGGACUCUGGUGGUGCUGCAGCGUGGGUAGCGCGCACACUCCUGAUAUGCCCUUCUUCGGAGGUGGUGUGUACUGCUGGAGGGGGCCUGAGCUGCUCUUUUGCUGGUGUGGGCAAGGCUCUGGAGCCUCCCCUGGAGUUCUUUGUGAUCCCGGAGUGGCAGCCACGGACCGUUUUGGGACGAACAUCACCGGACAGGUGUAUGUAUGUCCGCCCGCCAAUUGGCUCCUUGCAAGAGAUCUUGUUCGUGGUGUUCGACAAGUGGGCGAAGGUCCCGCGGGCGACGGCAGCACGACAAAUCACCAUCAUCAGCCCCUGUGCCGCGGGUCGAUACUACUGCGAGGGCGAUAAGACCUGCAGCGAUGUCCCUUGUGACACGCGCAACAUAAUUCCCAGCUCGGUGGCGGCCGCCACAGCCGCAGCGGCAACGGCGCUAGGGCCAGUGCUGUUCCUUGUUGACGGUGCAGCCGCCGCCAGCUCAACUUUGACCGCGGCGGCGCUGAAUGCGACGACGCUGGUUAAUGCGACCGUUAUGGCGUCGGUGCUCAACGGAACCAGUGGGCCGCUUUACGGCCAGGAUCAUCAGGUUUAUGUACCGUACGGCAGGCCUGCGCCGUACUCGUUCCUGCCGUGCGAGUCGAUAAGCAGCAUCACGUCGUGCGGGGCCGUGGCAGCGGAUGCGACCGACGGCGACCUAUCACGUUCUAUCACGGUGGUUCCCAUCUGCACAGCCGUGACGGCGCCGCCGGCGCCGCCGGCACCGGAUGCUGACUCCUCUGCUGACGGCACCGAAGCGGCCGAUGCCAGCGCCACCAAUGAUGACGUCACUGCCGUACAGCAGCAGUCCUCUGCAUGCGCUUUAUGUUCAGCGGAGUUUCUGACAGCCGGAGCGUGCGCCCCGGGUAUUUACACACUCAGGUACACCGUCACAGACUCCGACUCCUGGAGCGCCUCCAUGACACGAGUCGUGAUCGUGGAGGAGCGGGCCUCAUUGAGCCUCUCCCUCAACUUCACCGCCUCGCUGCCGGCGUUGCCGUUUCCUCCUCCGCCGGCGCCGCCUCUGCCGCCGCCGUCGCCGCCGUCGCCGCCGAGCCCGCCCGCACCCACACAAGUGCCCACGCCCCUGCCGGCACCAGCACCACCAGCGGCGCCGUUACCAUCGCCGCCCCCUGAUGCCAUGGAUGGUGGCGACAUCAACAUUACUGCGAUGGCGUACAAUGCAGCGGCAAUGUUCGUACGGCAGCUGCGCAUGGAUCCGCAGCUUCAGGCGCAGUUGGUUGCGGAGUAUUCGUCGGUGUUCGGUGUUGAACCGGAGACUGUUCGAUCGGUAAAUGUGACUGCAGCUGAGAUGAACCUGGCGGCUGCGGCUAUUGUUGAGGACCAUGCAGGAAGCGGCGGCUCUGACGUCUCCGUGGAUUACGGAAUACGCAGGUUGCUGCUGCCAUAUCGGGAGGAUGCUAUGCCGUACAUGUUAUCUGACGGCGGUAGCGGCGUCGUAGCUGCUACCGCCAGCUACCCCAUGGUGAUGCAGUCCGGGUUUACGGCGGUGCUGUCUGUUGGCAACCUAACGGCGUCCUGUGCGACACCAGAUCUUGACCCGACGAAUAUAAUGCUGGCGGCGCUGGCGGGUGCUACAGCCGCGAUCGUGGACUUACAUGACACGAUGCUGGAGGCGACGUUGGCGUCAAAAACCACCUUCAUGCAAAUGGAGGACAAGUACGAUCAGUACGACAGUGCAGUACUGCAGGCUUACGAGGAGGCGCAUAGCCUCGCCACCACAGCCCUAACCAACGCCAGCGCUACAGCCCAAGAAAUAUUGACUCUCCUGGACAUGACUUUGGCAGUUCAAGCCGCCAACGAUGACGCUCUGUCCGCUAUCUCUACGCUAACAGAAGCAGCGCUCGCAGCCGCCACCGGCGCCACUCAGAUCGCUGCACUGACGACGGCUGUCGUACUCAGCAGCCUUGAGGCCUACGGGUACGACACGACUAGCGACGAUUGGAAACAGAUGGAGAAUUGUAUGGCAUUGCGCGGCGUUCGGCAGGUCCACCGGCGGUUGUUCGACAUCGUGGCUCGACGUCGAGUACUGAGGACCGUUACGACUAAUACCCGUACGGGUUCAUUUGGCGGGUACGAGGUUACGAACGCAAACCUUUUGAGGACAGUUUUUAUUGACGACGCCGCGUCAGCAUCAGCCGUACCGCCGAGGGUAUUGGGAACUGGUGGCUCCGCCAUUGUCGCUGGCGUCUUCCUGCACCAACGGCGCAUCCCAGCAGAUGUACUCAGAGAGCGGUACGACACCUGCACGCCGCCAGACGAUGAUGGCGGCGGGCCCUUCCCUGGCGCGCUGGCUGUCGAGUGCACGCCGUACUACAGCCUAACGUACGGUGGGCCGGCGGUGGACGGCAACAAGGCAGAAACGGUCACAGAAGGCAUCGGUGUGGAUGCCGUGUUCAACCGAGCGUCCGACCUGUACGACGCGGAUCUGGAAUCUCGUCCAGAGGACUACUACAACACCUCGUCCCAGGCCGGGUUCCUCAACCGCAAUGGCGUGCCGUACGGUUUUCAUCCUUCUCCAAUUCCCCUGGCGGGGCUGGGUGGGGGCGGUUUUCCGGUACUGUUGGACACGGCCCUCACAGCUACUCGACUUCAGCACGUGUUAGCGGCGCUACGCCAGGGAGGAUACCUGAAUGCCCAUCUUACAGAGAGCAUGACUGCCCAAGUGGUGUCAUACAACUCCGACCUACGUAUAUUUGGCUACUGGCGCGCCGUGUUCCGUUGGGGCUCUCAAGGUCUGGUGGAAGCUUCCUUCAGUGUGACCGGUCUGCCGGCAGUGACGUGGACGCUUUCGAACAAGGACGGCGGGAUCCGGUUCGUAAUCCCGGACCUUCUACUCGUGCUGCUGGCGGCCUGGUACUUCGCGUCCACGGUCUACGAUAUAGUCGUGAGUGUGCAGGAAGAUCGCCUCCGCGCGCGUGCAUUGAAGCGACUUCUCAAAAUGCAUGCGCGUCGUGGUAUGAGUAUGACGGCUGCGGUGGCAGCCACCGCCGCUGCCGGCGGCACGGCCGCAGCCCUGGCGGGACGCUCUAAAAGCUCUUUGUUUGUCCCAAGUACUGGAACCAACAGCAUGCGGCGGCAGGACCAGGCGGUUCCGGAGCCCGUUCUUGGUAGUGGUUCUGACCCACGGGUCGCUGGUGAUGGUCCCCAGCCGACGGCGGGUUCCUUAUCGUUGUCACCACUAUCUGGAGUCGGCGCCGCUGCUGCCGGGGCGGCAUUGCCUACAGACCGCCAAGGGGACCGCACACCAAGCAGCGGGGGAAGGGAGGACGAGGGCGGACAGCAAGGAGAGGCCGACGAGGACUUGGAACUACGAGACGGGGAGAUGUGUAUGGAGGCUGAGGCAGAGUUAGAGGCCGCUGUGGAGGCGGAGCUGGAGGCCGCUGUGGAGGCGGAGUUGGAGGCCGCUGUGGAGGCGGAGCUGGAGGCGGAGUUAGAACAGGAGUUGCAGGAAGAGGAGGGCGACGGUGAAGGCACCGCCAGCGGUAGCGGUAACGGCACCGGCGACGGCCUGAUUUCCCGGGGCCCGUACGGCAUCGGCGAGGCGACCGAGUACGACAUGCGGUACUGCGGCGAAAACGGAGCGAAGGAAUGGCGCGAACUGCAGCCGUUGAGGCCGGGGUGUAAAGCCACUGAGCAGUCAUGCGCGUCAAAUAUCAUUGACGACCUAUACCGCAACAACUCGUCGUACCGUGGCUUGUACGGCAGGGAAGGCAGCCUUGGCAAUGACCCUGCAGCAAAAGCACGUCCCGCUGGCACGGCGAGCGGGUAUUUCAGUAGGGUGCAUAUGAACACUGGUGGUCGCGUCGGCGUCCGCGGUGGUGAUGGCCCCAAUCAAUAUGCUCGAUCCAGGCUUCUUCCUGGCAGCCGUACGACGUCGUAUUCGCAGAAGUCCUUCAACUCCAAGCUGUCAUUUGGAGGAGCUUCACUAUCCCGGAACUCAUCCAAGGUCGUGAGCAGGGGGUUAGCAGUUGGGUACGACAAGUCCAUCAUGAUGACAUCCAAUCCAAGCUACAGCUUCCAGGACGAUGGGAAACGUCCAAGGGGGCCGCAACUUACGAUGCCGUUGGGGAUGCCUAGUCGUGUGCCGGAGGAUCCCAAGGCGGCAGCAGUACGACUGAUGGGGCAGGAACAAGAGGUCGUGGCGAUAAGGAGCAAAAAGGGCGUGAAAGCGGUUCGGAAAUAUCGAGCGCGUAUGACUCCAUUUUGGGCAGCAUACGAGCUUAUGGUGUGCGGGUUCAUGGCGGCUUGCCUUGCCAUCCUGUUUAUCUACUCUCUGCAGCUCUCCAGGGAUGGUCCACAGCGGCUGAGGUACGACGUGUACGACUCGCUAAGCGGAGCGCCAGCGCAUAUUUUCAUGCUUCGGCGUUUGACUGCGGGACGAGACAAUGCAACGUUGCCGGCGCCAGGUGACCCAUUGCGCUGGACAUUGCCAGAGGAUACCAGCGGCCUGGAAGGGGUCGCUAUCCUGUACGACAAGGUCCUGCACAUGCGCGACAUGUGGAUGCUGUACAACUUCUUCCAGGGUCUCGUGCUCGUGCUGUUGAUCAUGCGGCUGGUUCAUCGUCUGUCAUUCCAGCCGCGCCUCUCCAUUAUCUCUGGUACUCUCGCGCGAAUGGUCCCCGACCUGGCGGGCUUCGUGCUGGUUCUCGUUAUCAUCCUGGUCAUGUUUGCGAUGAUGCUGGUGGUGCUUUGGGGCGAUACGAUAGAGCAGCUGAGCCGCGCGGCAGAUGGCGUUGUGUGGACCAUCACGUACUUCAUUACCGCGCUGGAUUCAAGCAAAGCACUCGAUGUCGUACAUGCCAUCCAUGACCCGAACAACCAAGCAAACGGCGCCUACAUGUUUAUGAGCUGGGUCGUGACGAUCUGCGGCCCUCUUUUCUUUAUCUUCACGCUUCAGCACUUCGUGAUGGCCCUGUUGGCAUGGCCCUUCAGCGAACUGAAGCGCAUCUUCAGUAGCGCCCCGAAAAACAAGUCCAUCAUGAAGACGCGCCGCAAGAGCGGCGGCCACUCGCACACCUCAACGAUGGAUUCCCUAUUAGCUAAGGCAAGCCAGCUGCGCCAUAAGCUGGCGGUCAGUCUAGCUGCGGCUCGGCGACCGGAUGUGGGUUGCAGGACUCUGGAGGUCGCGGUAGACGACGACUGGCUCAGUGCCGGGGAGCUGGAGCAGCUGCUCGCGCAGCUGCUGCUGCGGAGGGGGCGACGGGUGCCGCAGCUGCGGGAUAAUGAUGCGGGUAAGGUGGUACACGCAGGGCAGGUGCAGCGCGAUACAUUGACCCAUGGGUCUGCCGCGUCCAAGCAGCCGCAGCGUACCUCCUCCCGAGGAAGCGUCAUGCCGGAGCCGGGGCCGCAUGUUGAGGUGGAGCUUGAAUGUGCGUUGUGGCGCGUCGGCGGGUCCGACGGGCCGGAGGUUGUGGUGGACGAGGCCAGCGGUAGAGGCGGUGAUGGAAGGGGCAGCAGGCGGGGCUGCAGCUCGCCGGCGCUGGCCUGGCCUGGGAAUGCCGAGGCAUCGACAUCGUUGUCAUUGGAGGCGGCAGUGGCCGCUGUUGCAAUGAACCUCGUACAGCGCAUGGGGCAGCUACGGAACAGCGUGGUCAGGCCGUCCCAUAGCAGUAUGGAGACCGUUGGCAAUAACCGUCCUGCUUCCAUAACGGCCUCCGCCACCAACGGUCGCAACGGUGACAACGGCAACGGUGGCGACCAAUUUGACGCCAACAACACGGGGAACAGCAACAGCAGGAUCGCGGUGCCGACACCGUCUUUGGCAGCACCAGCGCUUGAGGGCAACAAUCAAGCUUGCACUGCCUCUGCCCCGGCGGCUGUGGCCGCUGUAGUCCAGGGUCUGGCGGCAACAGCCUCGGCCAUGCACGCCGGCCCUUCAGCCGCCUCGACCAGCCGGAAGAAUCUUCGUACCGGAAGCCGUGUCAAAUUUGACAGCAGUGUCAACGCAGAUCCGGAGAUAUGUGUGGCCAGCGCAACAUCACCCUUCACCUCCACUUUUGCACAGGCUAACACGGCGGCCACCGCCACCACCACUGCCGCCGGUGGCACUGGACUGCGGCGACAGCCCGAGGGCUCCUGGGAUUCCCGGUUGCAUCAGCUUCUUUCCGAGCUUAACAGAGAACUGACGAUGGUGCAAGGAAACGCCACAAGUGCAGAUGGAGCCACGGGGAUGGCGACAUCAGUGGCGGCACCGGCACCGGCACCGGCGGUGUCCAUGGUGCGCACCGGUAGUACCGGUAUACGGAGCGGACCUAGCCUCUUGAAGGCUAGCGAGCAGCCGCCGGCAAGCCUUUCGACACCGCCGCCAAUGCCAAAGACGCCGCUGCAGCUACAGGCGCAGUCGCAGUCCCAACGGCAGGAACAGCAAAGACUCUUUGCAAAUCUGGAAGGCAUCCUGGAGUCGACACCGCGCACUCAAGAGCUUAGGGAGCGUCUUGUGGCCGCUAGGGUGGUCAGCGGCGUGGAAAUCUACGCCAGCAGCGGUGGUGCCAGAGGCAGCAUUGGCCACGGUGGUGCCGCCGAACCAUUGCGCUCGAAGUCUUGGAUAGAGCUGAUUCGCGGGAUCCGGAACUCCGGCGGCAGUGGUGACGGGGCCAAAGCGGGCACACCACGGAGCGGCCUCGAACCGCAGACUCUGAUACUCGGUGGAUACUUUAGUGCAACUGAGAUGCAGCUACAGAGGACUUUUAAGUAUCCUUGCUAUUACCGAGGUUAUUGA